CCUAGCACACUAACCCUAAAUCUCAAAGCCUCCAUUUCCUUUUUCUAAUUAACCUCUCACAACGCUCUUACUCUAUCUCUUCAUUCAAUGGCUACGGUCGCAGAGGCUGCUCCAGCUAAGAAAUCGAGAAACAGCAGAAAGGCGUUGAAGCAGAAGAAUGAGAUCGCGGAGUCACCGUUGUUGUUAUCAUCGCCAGCGAAGAGGAAAGAAACGAAGAAGUCAUACGAGAAAGACCUGAUGGAGAUGCAGGCGAUGUUGGAGAAGAUGAAGAUCGAGAAGGAGAAGACAGAGGAUCUGCUGAAGGAGAAGGACGAGAUUCUGAGGAAGAAGGAGGAGGAACUCGAGACGAGGGACGUGGAACAGGAGAAGCUUAAGGUGGAGCUAAAGAAGCUUCAAAAGAUGAAGGAGUUCAAACCUACCAUGACUUUUGCUUUCGGUCAAUCUUUGGCACAAACUGAAGACGACAAGAAGAGGAAGGGGAAGAAGAAGAAGGAUUGUCCUGAGAUGAAGAGACCUUCCACGCCGUACAUCUUGUGGUGCAAGGAUAGUUGGAACGAAGUGAAGAAGGAGAACCCAGAUUCGGACUUCAAGGAGACUUCGAACAUUCUCGGUGCUAAGUGGAAGACUCUGAGUGCAGAAGAGAAGAAGCCUUACGAGGAGAAGUACAAGGCUGAUAAGGAAGCUUACCUCCAGGUUAUUACAAAGGAGAAGCGAGAGAGGGAAGCCAUGAAGCUACUUGAAGAUGAGCAGAAGCAGAAGACUGCUAUGGAGCUGCUUGAUCAGUAUCUCCAUUUUGUUCAAGAAGCUGAACAAGACAACAAGAAGAAGGGCAGCAAGAAGGUGAAAGAUCCUCUGAAGCCUAAGCAGCCCAUCUCUGCUUACUUGAUCUAUGCGAAUGAGAGGAGGGCUGCUUUACGAGAAGAUAACAAGAGCGUUAUUGAGGUUGCGAAGUUAACAGGAGAAGAGUGGAAAAACUUGUCUGAGGAACAAAAGGCUCCCUACGAACAGAUGGCAAAAAAGAACAAGGAGGUAUACCUGCAAGAGAUGGAAGGAUAUAAGAGGACAAAGGAAGAAGAAGCUAUGAGCCAGAAGAAAGAAGAAGAGGAACUGAUGAAACUCCACAAACAAGAAGCUCUCCAACUCCUCAAGAAGAAAGAGAAAACUGACAACAUCAUAAAGAUGAAGAAAGAAACGAGUAAGAACAAGAAGAAGAACGAGACUGUGGAUCCUAACAAACCAAAGAAGCCUGCUUCUUCGUUCUUUCUCUUCUGCAAAGAUGCAAGAAAGAGUCUGGCAGAAGAGCAUCCUGGGAUUAACAAUUCAACUCUUACUGCCCACAUUUCAUUGAAAUGGAAGGAACUUGGUGGAGAAGAAAGGGAAAUGUAUAACAGAAAAGCUGCAGAGUUGAUGGAAGCCUACAAGAGAGAAGUGGAAAAGUACAACAACAAGACAAAGGCUGCGUAGUAGAAGAAAUACUACUGACUCAGUAGUUGGAAAAUGAGAAAUGUUCAAGUUUUCUCAUAUUUAGCAUCUCUUAUGCAAAAUGAUUAUCUGCUUUUUCUUUUUAUUGGUUUGUUUCUUCUUUUUGAACAACUGGUUUGUUUCUCUCUCAAA